AUGCCUGCAUUAACCUUCAACCCACAGGGCAUGGGUGUCCUCUCAGACGAUGUCAUUCUUCUAAUAUACCCAGAACUGGACUCCUGGGAAACUGUCGCCUCAUUAUCGAGUGUCAACCACCGAUUUCGCGACCUCUUUCUGUACCAACAAGAAAGCAUUAAAAGGCGGGUUUAUGCCCGUGAAUACGCCAUCACUCGCCCGAAAGGCCACCAAGACGCUUUUCGUCUUGCCAGAUAUAUGACCACAAAUGUGCUCCAUUCGAAUAAGACCCGAAUAGGACCUUCAGAUCUCACUUGGAAGGAAAUCGAGCAACUCCAGGCCAAUCAAGCUGCUAUCCAGUACCUGCAGGAUAGGUUUCUGGAGAUUCGAAGGGAGCAGAAGAGUAAGGCCAGAAACGAAGAUCUCACUUGCACUGAGGUUGACAAGUUUUGUCAGGCGGCUACACGGUUUUGGAUCUUCUGUGCAAUGUUCGCUGAUAAUCCUAGAUCACGAGCGGACCAGAAAUCCCUCGUUGAAUCCUGGUGCUUCAAUACUGCAAGCGAGCUUCAAUAUAUCCGAGAGUUGAUUCUUUUUCUUUGGAGACUGCUUCGGGAUUCGAUUCCGGAGAGCGAAGAACAUGUCGCUCAGGCCUGGGCUGAAAAGGUUGGGAUAAGGUGCUUCUCGACUCCCGGCGGCGGACCAUCCGAUACUAAAUGGAUUGACUUUCUCAUGUCCCGCGGCUGUGGGGUUCUCUUUGAUUUGGUAAAGCAAGAAAGUGUGCUCAAAAGAGUUCUCUACAUUGCCAAAUCCCCAUUUGGAUAUCGCACAGACGCGGCAGACUACGUCUUCCUAUGCGGCUCUGCUGUUAACCAAGUCAUGGCUGAGCGGGCUAAUACCCUCCCCACCCGGCCAUAUGGCAUUCUCGAUAAAUGCUAUUAG